AUGAAGCGCUUACUAAACACAGUCGCUAAAUUUAUCCAUUAUUUUGUCAAUCAAACAUUAGACCUUGAAAGUGACGUGUUAGCUUUAAAAUUCUUAAGAUUAAUAAAAAUUUACAUCGACGCAUUGAAUCUCGAUUACAAGAUAACAGAUUCAUCAAUAAAUAUCUUCUCAAAUGACUGCCCUUCAAUGUUAGAAUCACUGAAGCCUUUAUCAAUAUUGCGUGUCUUGCAAAUUUUAGCUCGAAACAAAGCUGAAGAAUACUGCUACGAAUUGAUAGAUUGUUUACUAGCAAUCUAUCAACCAAACAACCAAGAAAAGUGCAACUCUUCAGCAUCUGGAGACAUGGAAAUGUCUGAGAAUUCGAGCGUUGAAAUUUAUCGCGCUCUUACAAAGCACAUAACUCCUCCAGGCUCAGCGAUUAUUAAUUCUUCCGCUAGAAGAAAAUACAGUAAUGCUCAUAUAGAAAACUUUCAGAUCUUAGUCGACAGUCAAAAAGUUCAAAUUAAAAAAAUUAUACAUACGGCUAAAGAUAUCGCUCCUUUACUCUUCCAGGCUGACAGCUUCAGAUAUGAUAAUCAGGGCGAAAUAGUAAAAGUAAGAAGCAGUAUCCUCGCUAGACUUUCUGAUUAUUACUGUCAAGUAUCUUGGGCAGCGAUAUCUGAAAUUCUUGAUCACGUUAUUUUAUGGUGGUCACCAGAAGGAUUGGCUACUAGACAUAAUCAUGGUGCUCAGUAUCUUAAAGAUUGGUUACAUUCAUUUUUACUCACCCCUUCUAAUGUUCCAAUUAGUAUACGACCAACACUGGAUAACUUAUGCGAAACUCUAGGAUGUCAUGUAACAGCAACUUGUUGGGAUGAACUCUUCAGAUUAGCUUACAUCGCUUCUUUUGAAUGUGCUUCAAGACCUUGUUCAUCAGAGGGAACAGAUACUGGCCAAAUGUUUGCCCAAGUAUUCCAAUUGCUGGUCAACUUAAGCAAUGAAUGUGAAGUAAGUGGAGAAUGGGCGAUCGGAGCUCCUUUGAUGGAAUUGCCACUUUCCGAACAAAUAAUCAUCUUGCACAGACUCGAUCACUCUAUCCACACAAUGAGACUUUGGGCUAGCCACGAAUCUAAAUUAAUAGCUCACACCUGGGACCUGGAGAGUUUUUUCCUUCUGGUGAAAGGGGAUCUCCACCAGUGCAUCGAUCAACUCUCGUACCUGAAACUCGCUGAUCAUACUGCUGCCUUGGCUACUGACGACGUUAGCGUUCAAGUUUACGUGUGUACUCGCAUGAGAGCCAAAAUAGUCUCUGAAGUAAACGCUAAUUAUUUGUUACUCAAAGAAUCAUCAUCAAAAUGCAUCAGCACUCUGGCGAAAAUUUGCAGAGUGAUAAGUCUCGCAAACUUGCACAUGUGUUUCCCGAUUUCGAAUAUCUGGAGAAGAACCAGCAUUGUCUCGAACAUAAAUCCCAGUCCUUAUGUCCAGGUCUAUCUGGAGCGAGUGCUUUUGCCAGUUUUAGAGGUAGUAGAGGACGAAGAUAUAUCGAAUAUGGUGUUGAAAAUAAUGUGCGAAGCCUGGCUUGAUUAUAUAUAUCUUCACCGGGUGAAAUUCAGCGAGAUCGGUGCUUAUCAAUUGCUAUCAGACUUUGCUUUUGUCACCCAGUGGGUAUCGAAUUGCUCGAUAAUCAGCCAGAAUGUCAAAGAUCAAUUGCUGAAGAAUGAAGUUCUGAGGCGUUGUGAAGCCACAAGAUCAUCAGACGGAUCUCCAGAGUCAUUGGGCCUAGAAAGAAUGCCUGCUGAAAUGUAUGUACCCAACCAGGAACAAUGGCUGGAACUUCGCGCUGAAAAAAAUUACAAAUUAUAUUGUUGUACUGAGUAA